ACUCCUUCUGAUUGGUCCUGGAACCGAAGCACGCUUUAAUGGAGGCGGGCAUUGAUGAAAAUCACAGCUGUAAACCAAUCACCUCUCUGCUCAUCGUUACCCCAUUUGUCCCCUUAAACCAACCCCCAAACCUACUUUCACUACACUACUCCAUCCCCUUCCUCUUCUUCAACAAAGCUCUGCAACUCGUUAUGACAAUGGCUUCUCCAUGUUCACUUAUCGCCAAGCUUCUCUUGCCCCUUUUCAUCGCUUACAUUGUCUUUUCAAUCUCGAAAGUGGAAGCCCAAGUUGAAGAGACGAGCUUGAAGCUGAUGGGUGAUGCUUUGGAAUGGCCGCUUUCAAUGUCACUUUACAGUGACUUAAACGACGACGAAGGUGACGAAGAAGAGAUAGAGGGUGAAGAUGGAAAUGGGUAUAGUCGUAGAUCUUUGUUUUGGAAGAGGAUGAAGUAUUACAUUUCGUACGGCGCGCUUUCGGCUAAUAGAAUCCCAUGUCCACCGAGAUCGGGCAGGUCUUACUAUACCCACAACUGUUUCCAGGCUCAUGGACCGGUUCAUCCUUACUCUCGAGGAUGUUCAAGGAUCACCCGUUGCAGGAGAUGAGGUUAUUCAUUAAGGACUGAACUUUGGAUUUUACCUUUUUUGUGUGUUCUUCUUCUUCUUCUUGUCUUAAUGUGUGGAUUAGCUAUAUCACUAUGACAUUGUGGUGUGUAAUUUGGUUAAACUACUUUUGAACUUUCUUGUUUGUCGUACCUUUGGAAGCACACUAGAUCUUCGCAGGUGGAAGAUCAUGCAAACUUGAUAAUGGAAUUAGAUAUUACUAGAAUAUGAGCUUUUGGGUAAUUAUUGAA